AUAGAGCUAUACAUCUAGCUUCGUAGAAUCAGCCGAGGUUUGCCGAAUGAAACAGUGUGGAAUAUUCAACUCGUCACUACCGAUUGAAAAUGGCGUCAAGAGUAUAUAAGUUUAGUGAAGAUUUUGAUGUCAAUGAUGAUGUUAAAAAAGAUUAUGAAGAAGGUGGAUAUUUUAUAGUAAAAGGUCUGUUGAAUGAAGAGGAGUUAAAUCAGAUAAAGAAAGUUGUAGAAGCCGAAAAUGACAUGACAAAAAGUGCUUAUGGGGUAUCAGAUGGAGAGAAUGGGUUUAGCAGAUUGGCUUUAUGGAGUCAUCCUGGAGACGAUGUGACAGGAAUGUUAGUUAGAACUGAGAAAAUGGCUGGCACGUGUGAAAAGAUACUUGGUGGAGAGGUGUACCAUUAUCACACAAAACUUAUGAUGAAAAAUCCUAAAACUGGAGGACGCCAUGUUUGGCAUCAAGACUAUGGAUAUUGGUACAAGAAUGGUAAUUUGUUUCCUGACAUGAUGAGUGUUUUUUUGCCCAUUGAUAAUUGUAAAAAAGAAAAUGGCUGUUUAGAGAUUUUGGAAGGAUCACAUAAGUGUGGUCGUAUUGAACAUCUAAUGGUAGCUGGACAAACAGGUGCCGAUAUGGAAAGAGUUAAUGAAAUAAAGAAGGUGUGUCCCCACAAAUAUGUGGAAUUAGAUGCCGGUGAUGCCUUAUUUUUCCAUUGUAAUUUAUUACAUACCAGUGCCCCCAACCUCAGUGAUUUAAGAAGAUGGGUGUUUAUACCAGCAUAUAAUCGAGCCAGUAAUAAUCCUGUGUAUGAACAUCAUCAUCCCCAAUAUACUAAACUUCAUAAGGUGCCUAAUUCAGCCAUCAAAGAUUGCAAAAAUUACAGCAAUAUGGAGGGGAAAAUAUUUUUGGACCCAGCGACCGACAAAACAGUAAAAUUGGACGCAAAAUGAAAUUCUUAUUUCAUUCAUCGAAUUGAAGAGAAAACAUGGAUUUAUGAUAUAUGCUGCUUUUUAAAUUAGUUUUAAUAUUAUUUCUAAAUAAUUCAUAAGAAUAAGUUAAUGUGCAAAUAUAUUAUUUUGCUUUAUUUUUCAUUUAAUUAAUUAUUAUGACACCGAUACCCUGGAAAUUUUGUUUUUUAAGUAAAAAUGAAUUGAAUUUGAAUUUUAUUGCUGCAUGAAUAAAAUGUGUUGAAUUGAAGAGAACGGAUGAAUUUAUUAUAUAUGCAGACUUUUAAAUUAUUUUUAAUAAUAUUUCAAAUUAAUUCAAAGAUAAAUGAAAAUAGCAAAUAUAUUUUAGUGUUUUUUAUUUUUGAUGGAAUUAAAUUGUGUAAGAGGUAGACUAUGAUAAAUUUUUAAUAGAAAUAAAUUAAAUACCAGUGAUUUCAAAUUGAAAAGAAACCAUGGAUUUGUGAUUUGUGCCAACUUUCAAAUUAUAUUAAUUCGUAAGUUUAAUGGAAACAACAAUAUGUUAUUUUUUUUUGUUUUGUUUUAUAUUUAAAUAAUUGUUAUGGCAGGUAAUCUGGCAAUAAA